GAGCCCUGUUAGAACCUGUGCACACGUCAUAUCCGUCAUGUUUCUUUAACUUGUUUAUUUUUGUUUAAAUCCAAACACAACACUGAGCUGCACGGAGCUACAUCCGAUAAAGGAAGAAAGAAAUAAAGAAAACUCCAUGGAUUUCCGCGGUCCUCCCGACCAAACUCAGUCAGCUCACGGCUCCUUCAUCUCCCAGUCUGAGGCACUGAACUGUGCUGCAGCUAAACCGAUUCAAGCACACACACACACACACACACACACACACACACACACACACACACACACACACACAAUAAGACAAGGUUUUUGCUUAAUAUUGCAAUAUAUUAUAAUAUAUAUUAUAAUAUUACCUACAUCUAUGAUGUUUAAUUAAUUCUAUUUUUUUCUACCACCGAUUCUACUUCUAAUUACAACAAUAAUAAUCUUUUACGUUCCCAGUCUGCUGUUCCUGCACCAGCUCGGAAGCCGCUGACAAUCUACAUGUUGGAGUCAACUGAUCUGGAUGAACAGAUCAGGAUGCUGUAUGAGUACAUUUUUCCCCUAGUGGAGAAAAUCCACCCGACUGGGGCCAAACAUAUAACCAGGUUGGUUAUCGAAGGAGAGAACAAUUACGACCUGCUUAACUUGAUUGCAGAGCCCAACUGUCUGCAUGCCCAUGUCGAGCAGAUUGCUGCUGUGCUUCGGGCGAGGGAAGCUGGUCAGGAUGUGCAUUUUCCUGCACUCAAGAGAAAGAGGAGGAGAAAGAACAGCCAAUUUUCUCAAUAA